GAAGAGUACGAGCAGAUCACGGACAAGUCUCUGACCGUGCCGUCCAACACGGCCCAGCUGAUGGAGCUCAAGGAGUACGUGGACCAGACAGAGUCGGUGCGCAUCCCGCAGAUGGAGGAUCAGCUCAGAACGAUAUUCUCGCAUCUGCUGUUCCUGUCGGACUACGCUGAGUUUUCCUCGGCCGACCUGCGUCACAAUACAGAGACAUUCCUGUGGCACCAGCGUAUACCGGCCGUGUUCGACGAGGGACGCUCCAUCUACCGACAGAAGAGGGUCGAGUUCGAGGAGGCCCUCAAGGUGCGGCGCGAGCGUUUUCUGGAGGAGCUGGAGACGUACAACAAGCAGGUGGAGGAGCUGGAAGAACUGGGAGAGCUGCCCGAACUGCCGCGGUACCUGAAGCGCGCUCAGGGCCUGGAGGAGAAGCUACAGCAGGCGCUGGACAAGACGACGGCCAUCAAUGACGAGGAGGAGGCGUUCGAGUGGGAGGUCACCAACUACCCGCGCAGGAAGGAGGUGGCCGACAAGCUGAAUCCCUACCUCCGCCUGUACACCAACGGGGUCGAUUUCAGCGUAAAGUACGACUCCUGGAUGAGCGCGCCGUUGGGAGCGUACGAACCGGAGGACAUUGACCAGGAGACGGACGGAUACUUCCGCAGCAUCUACAAGCUGGAGAAGUCGUUCAGCAACGAGGGACCGGCACGUGACCUGCUCUUGGAGGUGAAAUCGGCUAUCGACGGGUUCCGUGCCCACCUACCUGAGGUACAGACUCUGGGAAACCCGGGUCUGCGCGACCGCCACUGGGAGAAAAUCUCCGAGAUUGUCGGAUUUCCGAUCAAGGCCGACUCGGAGACCACGCUGGCCAAGAUCAUAGACCUCAAUCUCACCGACUACAUCAGCAAGUUUGAGAGCAUCAGCGAGUCAGCUACCAAGGAGUACAAUCUCGAAAGAGCCAUGGACAAGAUGAGGGCCGAAUGGAAGGACAUGGAGUUCAACAUUGUCCCCUACAGGGAGUCGGGGACGUCGAUCCUGUCAUCGCUGGACGAGAUCCAGCUGAUGCUGGACGACCACCUGGUGAAGACGCAGACGAUGCGCGGCUCGCCCUUCAUCAAACCGUUCGAGGAGCAGAUCUGCGAGUGGGAGAAGACGCUCACCAAUCUGCAGGAGAUCCUGGACGAGUGGCUCAAGGUGCAGAUCACCUGGCUGUACCUGGAGCCCAUCUUCUCCAGCCCCGACAUCAUGUCACAGAUGCCCGAGGAAGGACGACGCUUCACUACCGUCGAUAAGAACUGGCGCGAUAUCAUGAAGGCCGCUCUGGUGGACACACAUGUUCUGGCCGUCAUCGACGUGGAAAAGAUGUUGGAGAGGCUGAAAAAGUCCAACGAGCUGCUGGAGCUGAUCCUCAAGGGCCUGAACGACUACCUGGAGAAGAAGCGGCUGUACUUCCCCCGGUUCUUCUUCUUGUCCAACGACGAGCUGCUGGAGAUCCUGUCGGAGACCAAGGACCCCACUCGGGUGCAGCCGCACCUGAAGAAGUGUUUCGAGGGUAUCGCCUCCCUGACGUUCACCGAGACGCUGGACGUGACACACAUGAAGUCGAGCGAGGGCGAGGUCAUCAAACUGCUCGAGGAGAUAUCGACAGCCCGCGCCCGCGGCCAGGUCGAGAAAUGGCUGCUCGAGCUCGAGUCGUUGAUGAAGAGCAGUCUGCAGCACGAGGUGGAGCUGGGCAUGGACUCGUACGCCGGGGACGUGCGGGAGCACUGGGUGCUCUCCUGGCCGGGGCAGAUUGUGCUCUGCGUGUCACAGACUUACUGGACCGCCGAUGUGCAUAAGUCCAUCAGGUCGGGGAAGAAGGCGAUGGACGCCUAUCUGAAGCAGAACAAUGACCAGAUUUCAAAGAUCGUGGAGCUGGUGCGGGGGAAACUUUCCCGACAGAACCGUACCACUCUCGGCGCUCUGGUGGUGCUGGACGUCCACGCCAAGGACGUGUUGGCUUCACUGAUCAACAGCAAGGUGGAGUCGGAGAACGACUUCGCCUGGCUGGCGCAGACACGCUACUACUGGGAGGAGAAGCGGCUGGCGACACGUAUGAUCAACUCGACCCUGAUGUACGGCUACGAGUACCUGGGCAACACUCCGCGACUGGUGAUCACUCCACUGACGGACAGAUGCUACCGGACACUGUUCGGCGCGCUGCACCUCCAUCUCGGCGGUGCGCCCGAGGGACCGGCAGGUACCGGUAAGACGGAAACCACCAAGGACCUGGCCAAGGCCGUCGCCAAACAGUGCGUCGUCUUCAACUGCUCUGACGGACUCGACUACAUCGCGCUCGGAAAGUUCUUCAAGGGCCUGGCGUCGUGCGGCGCCUGGUCGUGUUUCGACGAGUUCAACCGGAUCGACCUGGAGGUGCUGUCGGUGGUGGCGCAGCAGAUCCUCACCAUCUCGCGGGCCAUCAGCGCCGGCGCCGACAUGCUGCAGUUCGAGGGCUCUGAGCUGCACCUGGACCCCACCUGUGCCGUGUUCAUCACAAUGAACCCCGGAUACGCCGGCAGGUCGGAGCUGCCCGAUAACCUGAAGGCGCUGUUCCGCUCCGUGGCCAUGAUGGUGCCCGACUACGCCAUGAUUGCCGAGAUCGUGCUCUACUCGUGCGGCUUCGUGAACGCCCGGCCGCUGGCCACCAAGAUUGUGGCCACCUACCGGCUGUGUUCGGAGCAGCUCUCGUCACAGCCCCACUACGAUUACGGUAUGCGAGCGGUCAAAUCCGUGCUAACGGCGGCCGGUAACCUGAAGCUCAAGUUCCCCGAGGAGUCUGAGGACAUCUUGAUCUUGCGCUCCAUCACCGACGUCAACCUGCCCAAGUUCCUGACGCAGGAUCUGGGCCUGUUUGCGGGUAUCACGUCUGACCUGUUCCCCGGUAUCAAACUGCCGGAGACAGACUACACGACGUUCAACGCCGCCGUCCGAGAGAGCUGUGAGGAGGCCAACCUCCAGUGCACCGACUACUUCCUCGAGAAAAUACAACAGAUAUACGAAAUGAUGAUCGUGCGCCACGGAUUCAUGAUCACGGGUAUGCCGUUCGGCGGUAAGACGUGCGCCUACCGGAUGCUGGCCGAGGCCCUCGCUAAACUACAUGAACGGGAGGAGAUGGACGAGAACUCUGUCCAAAUCACCGUCAUCAACCCCAAGUCAAUCACCAUGGGUCAGCUGUACGGUCAGUUUGACCCGGCCUCGCACGAGUGGACCGACGGCGUUCUGGCCGUCAGCUACAGGGCGUUCGCGGUGGAUCCCAGUCCCGACAGAAAGUGGCUCAUGUUUGACGGACCCGUGGAUGCCAUAUGGAUCGAGAACAUGAACACCGUGCUCGACGACAACAAGAAGCUGUGUCUGAUGUCGGGAGAGAUUAUCCAGCUGUCGCCGACCACAAACCUCAUCUUUGAGCCGAUGGACCUAGAAGCGGCGUCACCGGCCACGGUAUCCCGCUGCGGUAUGAUCUACUUGGAGCCCAACACGCUCGGCUGGCGGCCCCACCUGACCUCGUGGAUGGCCACCCUGCCUCCCACGCUGAACGAACAGCACCGCACCAUCAUCGAGGAUAUGUUCGAGUACUUUGUGCCGCCGCUGCUCAACUUUGUCCGACGCGCCGGCAUCAAGGAGAUGUCCCCCACCACCGACAUCAACCUGGUUCACUCGCUGAUGAACCUGAUGGACUGCUUCAUGGACUGCUACGGCGACGAGAAACACCUGAAGGUCACUCCCGAGUCGGACGUUCGCACGCACCUCGAGUGUUCGUUCUUCUUUUCGUGCGUAUGGUCGUUCGGCGGCUCGUGCGAUGACGUCGGCCGUGAGAAGUUUGACGUCAUCAUGCGUCAGCUGAUUGCCGGCACCGUUACCGAUCAGCUCAGGAUGGAGUUCAACAUGGACGAGGUAGCGCCGCCGCGCCGCACCUUCCUGCUGCCGUUCCCCAGGGAGGGACGCGUCUACGACUACAAGUUCGUGCCGGAUGACCACGGCUACUGGGAGCUGUGGACGGUGGCUCUGAAGACGCUGCCCAGUAUCCCGCGCGAUAUCCAGGUCAACCAGAUCAUCGUACCCACCGUGGACACCGUGCGCUACACGGAGCUCAUGAGUCUGCUGGUCUACCACCGCAAGCCGGUGCUCUUCUGUGGACCCACAGGAACCGGCAAGAGCAUCUAUACGAUCAACUUCAUGCUGAAUAAGAUGAAGAAAGACAAGUACCUGCCUCUGAUUGUCAACUUUUCGGCUCAAACGUCGGCCAACCAGACGCAGGACAUUAUCGUCAGCAAGCUGGACAAACGGCGCAAAGGUGUUCUGGGUCCGCCACUGGGCAAGAACCUGGUGGUAUUCGUGGACGACCUGAACAUGCCGCUGAAGGAGACCUACGGCGCCCAGCCGCCGAUCGAGCUGCUCAGACAGUGGCUCGAUCACUGGAUGUGGUACGACCGCAAGGACGUGGCGCCCUUCAAGCUGGUCGACAUGCAGAUCAUGUCAGCCAUGAGUCCGCCGGGCGGCGGCCGCAACUUCGUGACUCCACGCUUCACCCGACACUUCAACCUGAUCAGCAUCAACGAGUUCGACGACGAGACGAUGAAGGUCAUCUUCUCGCGUAUCAUGCUCUGGCACCUGGACACUCGGGGUUUCGGUAAGGAAUUCGACCCGAGCAUCGAGCAGGUGGUGGGAGCGACUCUGAACGUCUACAAAACGGCUAUGGAGCACCUGCUGCCCACGCCCAACAAGUCUCAUUACCUGUUCAACCUGCGGGACUUCUCUCGUGUGAUGCAGGGCGUGCUGCUGUCGGUGCCGGAGGCGGUGGAGGACCUGCCCAGUCUGAAGCGGCUCUGGGUCCAUGAGGUGCUGCGGGUCUACUACGAUCGUCUGGUGGACGACACGGACCGCGCCUGGCUGAUCGAGCACCUGAGACAGGUGGCCAAGGAGAACCUGGAGGAUGACCUCGAUCAACUGUUCAGCCGGCUGGACUCGGACGCAGACGGAAAGGUGACGGAGAACGACCUGCGCGCGCUCAUGUACUGCGACUUCUCGGACCCGAAGGCGGACCCGCGCAACUACACCGAGGUCGAGGACCUGGACUACCUGCGCAGCGUCGUCGACGGCUACCUCAUCGAGUACAACAACAUGAGCAAGAAGCCCAUGAACCUGGUGCUGUUCCAGUUUGCCAUCGAGCACCUGUCGCGGGUGGCGCGUGUGCUCAAACAGCCGCGCGGCCACGUGCUACUGGUGGGAGUCGGUGGAUCGGGCAGGCAGUCGCUGACGCGGCUGGCGGCGCAUAUCUGCGACUGCGACAUAUUCCAGGUGGAGAUAUCCAAGACCUACGGCAAGAACGAGUGGCUGGAUGACCUGCGCAGUGUGCUGAGCAAGGCCGGCUUCGGCGAGCGGCACUCCGUGUUCCUCUUUACCGACACGCAGAUCAAGGAGGAGUCGAUGGUGGAGGACCUGAACAACAUCCUGAACGCCGGCGAGGUGCCCAACCUGUUCGCACUCGAGGACAAGAUCGAAAUCUGCGAGAAGAUGAGAGUCAUCGACAGACAGCGAGAUAAGUCGAUGCAGACGGACGGCAGCUACGUGGCCUUAUUCAACAUGUUCGUGGAGCGCGUCCGCGACCAGCUGCACGUGGUGAUGGCCUUCUCCCCGAUCGGAGACGCCUUCAGGGACCGACUGCGCCGCUUCCCGGCCAUCGUCAACUGCUGCACCAUCGACUGGUUCCAGCCGUGGCCGGCCGACGCGCUGCAGGCGGUGGCCACUCAAUUCCUGGCUGAGGUGGACAUGUCUGAGGACGAGCGGUCCGGCUGCAUCCACCUCUGUCAGUACUUCCACACUUCCACCGAGAAACUGUCACGGCGCUUCCUGGAGCUGACACGGAGGCAUAACUAUGUGACGCCCACGUCAUACCUGGAGCUGAUCGCUACGUAUAAGUCGCUGCUGGAUAGACGGAGGAAGGAGGUUCUCAACCAGAAGUCUCGCUACGAGGUGGGUCUGGAGAAGCUGGCCAACGCUGCCUCGGAGAUCAGCGUCAUGUCCAAGGACCUGACGGACCUGCAGCCACAGCUGGUUGAGGCCUCCAAACAGGUGGACGAGAUCAUGCUGCAGGUGGAAAAGGACUCUGUGGAGGUAGCCGAGGUGGAACGGAUCGUCAAAGGAGACGAGGCUAUUGCCAACGAACAGGCCCGAGUUGCCCAGGGCAUCAAGGACGAGUGUGACGCCGACCUGGCCGAGGCGAUGCCGAUCCUGGAGUCGGCUCUUAGCGCGCUCAACACGCUGACGCCCAACGACAUAACGCUGGUGAAGUCGAUGAAGAACCCGCCGACCGGCGUCAAGCUCGUAAUGGAGGCCGUCUGCAUCGUCAAGGGUCUGAAGGCCGACCGCAUCCCGGACCCGAGCGGCAGCGGGAAGAUGGUGGAAGACUACUGGGGACCCUCCAAGAAACUGCUGGCAGACACAAAGUUCCUCGACGGACUCAUCAACUUCGAUAAGGACAACAUCCCUCCUAAGGUGAUCAAGGUUCUCCGAGAGCGAUUCAUCUCGAACCCCGAGUUCGAUCCCAACAAGGUCAAGGCCGCUUCAACUGCGGCUGAGGGUCUGUGUCGCUGGGUGAUCGCCAUGGAGUCGUACGACAAGGUGGCCAAGGUGGUCGGGCCCAAGAAGGAGGCGCUGGGUAAGGCCGAGGGAGAGCUCGCAGAGGCCAUGGGCAAGCUGGAAGCCAAGCGAGCGUCACUGCGCACCGUCCAGGAGCGACUGCAGGAGCUACAGAACAAGCUGGAGGCCAACAAACAGCGCAAGGUCGACUUGGAGAACGAGGUGGAGCUGUGUCAGCUGAAGCUGGAGCGGGCGGAGCAGCUGAUCGGUGGUCUGGGUGGAGAGAAGGACCGAUGGAGCAACUCGGCCGUCAGUCUCGGAAAGAAAUACGAGAACCUCACCGGUGACAUUCUGAUCGCGUCGGGCGUGGUGGCCUACCUGGGCGCGUUCACCUCGUCCUACCGCUCCGAACAGGUGGUCGACUGGAUGGACCGCUGCGUGGAGAAGGCCAUCACCUGCAGCCCAGAGUUCGAGCUGAGUCUGGUGCUCGGUAACCCGGUGGAGAUUCGCGCCUGGAACAUACACGGCCUGCCCACGGAUCUAUACUCCGUGGACAACGGUGUUAUUAUGAAGAACGCUCGUCGCUGGCCUCUGAUGAUCGACCCCGAGGGUCAGGCCAACAAGUGGAUCCGAAACAUGGAGAAGGCCAACCAGCUGCACGUGGCCAAGGGCAACGACGCUGACUUUGUCCGCUCGCUAGAGAACGCCAUCCAGUUCGGAAACCCGGUACUGUUGGAGAACAUUGGCGAGGAGCUGGACCCGAUGCUGGAGCCGCUGCUGCUCAAGCAGACGUUCAAACAGGCCGGCGCCAUCUGCAUCAAGCUGGGCGACUCUGUGCUCGAGUACUCGCCGGACUUCAGGUUCUACAUGACUACCAAGCUGCGCAACCCGCACUACCUGCCCGAGAUCGCCGUGAAGGUGGCUCUGCUCAACUUCGGUAUCACGCUGGCCGGCCUGCAGGAUCAGCUGCUCGGUACUGUCGUGUCCCGAGAGAAACCCGACCUGGAGGAGGAGCGCAGUCAGCUGAUUGUGCAGUCAGCUGAUAACCAGAGACAACUGAAGGAGAUCGAGGACAAGAUCCUGGAGGUGCUGUCCACCUCCGAGGGUAACAUCCUGGAGGACGAGACAGCCAUCAAGGUGCUCAGCUCGUCCAAACUGCUCAGUAACGAAAUCGCCGAAAAACAACAGGUGGCCGAGGAGACUCAGAAGAAGAUCAGCCUGGCGCGUAUGGGCUACACGCCGAUCGCCAAACACUCGUCCAUCCUGUUCUUCAGCAUUACCGAUAUGGGCUGCAUCGACCCCAUGUACCAGUACUCGCUGGGCUGGUUCUUCGGACUGUUCGUCAACUCGAUCGACAACACUGAGAAGUCGGAGGACUUGGAGAAGCGGCUGUACACGCUGCAGGACCACUUCACCUACUCGCUCUAUACCAACGUCUGCCGCAGCCUCUUCGAGAAGGACAAGCUCCUGUUCUCGAUGCUUCUGGCCAUCAACCUGCUGCGCGCUCGCGGAGAGCUGGAUGAGGCCGAGUGGCUCUUCCUGCUGACGGGAGGAGUCGGCCUGGACAACCCGCACAAGAACCCGGCGCCGUGGCUGCCGCCCAAAAACUGGGACGAGCUCUGCCGGCUCUCACAGCUGCCCACGUUUGCCGGUAUCCGUGAGGAGUUUGAGGCGUCGACCGCUCCGUGGAAGGCCAUUUUCGACAGCGUGACGCCGCACAGCGAGCCGCUGCCGGGCCGCUGGAACAAGCUCAUCACCCUGGAGAAGAUGUGCAUCCUGCGCUGUCUGCGACCGGACAAAAUGGUGCCUGCCGUGCAGGGGUUCGUCUCAGAGUGUCUGGACCACCGGUUCAUCGAGCCGCCGCCGUUUGACCUGGCCAAGUCGUUCGCCGACUCGCACUGCUGCGCGCCGCUCAUCUUCGUGCUGACGCCCGGCGCUGACCCCACGGCCGUGCUGCUCAAGUUUGGAGACGAUAUGGGUUUCAGCGGGCCGAAGCUGCAGUCGCUGUCGCUGGGCCAGGGCCAGGGGCCGAUCGCCAUGCGCAUGGUCGAGGACGGCGUCAAGAACGGCACCUGGGUGGUGCUGCAGAACUGCCACCUCGCUAAGUCCUGGAUGCCCUCACUCGAGAAGGUGUGUGAGGAGCUGAGCCCGGACACGACCCACCCGGACUUCCGUCUGUGGCUGACCUCCUACCCGGCCGACCACUUCCCCGUGGCGGUGCUGCAGAACGGCGUCAAAAUCACCAACGAGCCGCCCAAGGGACUCAGGGCCAACGUUAAACGCUCGUACCUGAGUGACCCGAUCGUCGAUCCGUCCUUCUUUGGCGAGUCCAAGAACCCGAGCUCGUUCAAGGCGCUGCUCUACAGCCUGUGCUUCUUCCACGCUCUCAUCCAGGAGCGGAGGGCAUACGGCGCGCUGGGAUGGAACACGCCAUACGAGUUCAACGAGACCGACCUGCGCAUCAGUGUCACCCAGCUGCGUAUGUUCCUGGAUGACUAUGAAGAGGUGCCAUUCGAGGCGCUCCAGUAUCUGUUCGGCGAGUGUAACUACGGAGGCCGCGUCACCGACAACUGGGACCGGCGCACCCUCAACACCAUCCUGCGACGCUGUCUCUGCAGGGAGGUGCUCACCAAGGAGCGAUUCGCCCUCGAUGACGAUGGUCACUACCUGAUCCCGCCGGAGGGCGAGCACCAGGACUAUGUCGACUUUAUCCAGCGACUGCCGAUGCUGGCCGCGCCAGAGGUGUUCGGCAUGAACCCCAACGCCGACAUCACCAAGGACCAGAACGAGACCAACAUCCUGUUCUCCAGCGUACUGCUCACACAGGGCGCGGCGACCGGCGGCGGCGGCGCUGCCUCCGACGACGCCGUCUACCACAUCGCCGACGACAUCGUCAGGCGCCUGCCGGACAACUUUGACAUCGACUUUGUGCUGAAGAAGUACCCGACCAUGUACGAGCAGAGCAUGAACACGGUGCUUGUGCAGGAGAUGGGCCGCUUCAACGCGCUGCUCACAGUCAUCAGGCAGAGCCUGCUCUCGCUGAAGAAGGCCAUCAAAGGUCUGGUGGUGAUGUCUGCAGAACUGGAGGAGGUCUUCACCAGCUGCAUGACCGGCAAGAUCCCCAGCAUGUGGCGCGCCAAGUCCUACCCGUCCCUGAAGCCUCUCGGUAGCUACGUCACAGACUUCCUGGCACGACUUCAGUUUCUUCAGAAAUGGUACGAGGAGGGCCCGCCGGUGGUGUUCUGGGUCUCUGGCUUCUACUUCACGCAGGCCUUCCUGACGGCCGCCCAGCAGAACCUGGCGCGCAAAAACACCAUCCCCAUCGACCUGCUCACAUUCGACUUCCAGGUACUGGAGGACAAAGACUACACGGAGCCACCCGAGGACGGCGUCUACGUCACCGGCCUCUUCAUCGACGGCGCCUGCUUCAGCCGGGAGAAGAAGGUGCUGGACGAAUCGCCGCCCAAAAUACUCUACGACACGCUGCCCGUGCUCUGGAUGAAACCCGUCAAAAAGGACGAGCUGCCGGAGCGUCGCAGCUACACGUGUCCCUGCUACAAGACCUCGGAGCGCCGCGGAACGCUCAGCACUACGGGACACAGCACUAACUUCGUGCUGGCCAUCGAACUGCCCACCGACCGGCCUCAGGAGCACUGGAUCCGGCGCGGCGUGGCGCUGCUCUGUCAGCUCUCCGAGUAGAACGACACACGGGAAAGACGCUGGUGGGGAGGCAGUGAUAGACAGGGUUACAAUGAGGUGUAGAUCGCGUGGCGAAAGGCGGUGGGUGGAUUUACUCGGAUUGAAAGACGCUUGUGAUGGUGGUGUGAGAGGGAAAUGGACUCGUGACGCCAUGAUAUUUAGUAGCGCGGCGUGGUAAGGCUCGCCGAGUGACUGAACCUUUCCAUGAGCCGGUGUAACUGCAGUGGCCUCAUGUAUGAUAAGGCGAGGGCUUUACGCCCACAGUGGUUUAUGUCGAUCGAUCCGACUGUCCGUCCAGGUGCGGCCGGGACUGAGGGAUGAAAACGAUGCUAGUCAGGUACGAUCUCAGAAAGUAUAGAUAUCCUGCGAUCUCAGGAGACAGUUAUACCAAAGAGCUCUAGUCAGGAGGUGAGGAUUGGCAUGGAUCGUGCAGCAAUCUUGUAUGAAAUACAAAUUUCCAGUUUGACAACAAA